CUUUAUCGACCGAGCUUUUGAUCCCCUCGUUCUACUGCCCUCAUAUUUGCCACGAAGCUUCAGACGAUUUAGAAACUAUACGCACACACACACACGCGCGCGCGCUUUGAGUUAUUUCAUACAAAUAGUGACAUAAAUUUAUUUAAAAAAUUUUAUUAAAGUUACAAACAGUUGGAUUUUAACCGUAUACUGAUGAGAUAAUUCUGUAUUGCAACGUCCUAACAGACGCCCUAUCUACAUUUGUAAACAAUUGACUGAUUUGAGAAUAACCACAUAAGGAUAUUAUGGCCGGCCAAGACGGAAAAUGGCAAAAGGAAGGAUCCGAUCAAAACUUUGAUUACAUGUUUAAACUCCUAAUCAUCGGGAACAGUAGUGUGGGUAAAACGUCAUUUUUGUUUCGUUAUGCUGAUGACAGCUUCACAUCAGCAUUCGUAUCUACAGUUGGUAUAGACUUCAAAGUGAAAACCGUCUUCAGACAUGACAAGAGGGUUAAACUUCAAAUUUGGGAUACAGCUGGUCAAGAACGAUACAGAACUAUCACUACAGCAUACUAUAGAGGUGCAAUGGGAUUCAUACUGAUGUAUGAUAUCACUAAUGAGGAAUCAUUUAACAGUGUACAGGACUGGGUAACACAAAUAAAAACUUAUUCGUGGGACAAUGCACAAGUUAUAUUGGUCGGCAACAAGUGUGACAUGGAGCACGAACGAGUAAUAUCAUAUGAAAGGGGUAAAGCCUUAGCAGAUGAAUUGAAUAUAGAGUUCUUUGAAACGUCUGCUAAAGAUAAUCAUAAUGUCAAGGCUGUUUUUGAACGUCUGGUUGACAUAAUAUGUGACAAAAUGUCGGAGAGCUUAGAUUCAGAUCCCACUUUAGUAGCUGGUGCAAAAGGUACAAGGCUAACCGAACAACCACAAGGCCCGAGUAAUCAGAAUUGCAAUUGUUAAUUUUAGACGUUAAAAUAUUUUUUAACGAGCAUCAAACUAACUACAACUCAAAAAAAUUCAUUGAUAUAUAUAUAUAUAUUAUAUAUAUAUUUAUUAAAUUAAAGAACAGGAAGACAAAUUAUUGAGGUGUUUAAAAACAAGAGACGUUUCGGGUAUAAAAUACAUUAAUGUUGUAAUAAUCACUACCUCAUGAAAGUUUGUUUCAAUACUUAGUUUAUUUUUCAAGUUUUAAAUUUUUUUUGACAACGUCCUUUAAACUAUUAAACAUAUUGGACAAUAAUUGUUAAAAAAAAGUCUGUUUUGUUUGAAAUUCGAGUAUAUCUAUUAGUCACUCACAGAGUAGUUAAGCAUAAUGAGGAUAUAAAAAUUAUUUUUCUGUAUUCUAAAUAAAUUAAUAAAUGUGUGAUCCAAAAAACACUUCACUGAAGCCAGUACCGUGUAUAAUAUUCUUUAUAUUAAACUUCUUUAAAAUAAUGUUUUUUUCUUUUUUAUUGAAUAUUAUACGGUUAGUUUAAAAAAACUAAACUUUUUUCUAAAUUUCUGUAGUUGUUAACAAAUAUUGUACGACAAAUAUUCUUGAAGUGGGUUAAACUAACAUAAAAGCAUUUUUAAUGCUCUCAGUAAUAUCAAUCAUUUUAAAAAAUAUUUUAAUAAUUUUGAAUCCACUAACAGAGUAUUUCUAAAGCUAGAGAUUUUGAGCGGAUGUACAAUAUUGUAUAGAUGUGUAGCAAGUAGACAAGAAUCAACAGCAAAUAAAAUCAAUACUUAAAAUAAAUUAAAAAGUUAUCGAAUUAAAUUAAUCCUGUUUUGCACUUAUAAAUUGGUGUGCAUAGGCAUUUUAUAGUUGUAAUAGUUUUAUUAUGUGAAAUAAAAUAUUUCUAGUCCAAUGUUAAUUAAACAUACUUUAAUUAUCAUUACAAUACUUAUUUAGUAUAUGAUAAAUGUCUGUAUAGAGAAAAUCUAGUAAUAUUGUGUAGUUGUAUCAAUUGUUCGUUUGAAAUUGUUAUUGAAUUUGUUCCGUAAAAAAAUUACCAAAAUUGAGUAUUGUUAAGAAAAAGAUUUUUUAAUGGUUGAUCCAUUUUAUUAUGAUUACACGAUUUAAACGUUGACGUGUACAUUAUAUAUUAUAAUAUAAAUAAACAUAUUAUUAUAUUUACUUUAAAUUAAUUAAAAUUAACUAUCAUUAUUAUUAUGUCUAUUAAUUUACUAUAGAUUAUUAUGAUGUUGUGUAAAGGUUAUAAGUAGCAACAGAACUGUUAAUGUAAUUACCGUGCUUUAUUUAUUUUGAGUUAAUAGUUCAUUGUACUAUUUAUUAUUUAUUAUAUAAUUUAAUUAUUUUGUAAAUUGUUAUUAUAGUAUUAUUACAUAGACUGCAAUAUCCCAAUUAGUAUAUUAUUUAAAUACAAUUUAAAGGUGUUGUAUAAAAAAAACCUUUUUUACACAUCUAUCAAUGUGACCCCUAUUUACUAUGCAAAGUGUUUAUAUGAAUAGCAUACACUAUGAAAACACGACAACACACUUAAGAAACUUAAUGGUCAACGUUUUUUUUCUAUCUUCCUGAAAAUUGCUUGGCCUUGAAAAUGACAAUUUACAAUGCAUGUAUCUUGUAGUCAAUAUUUUCCUAAUCCGACGAAUAUGCUUUACAUGACUUUAAAAUAGCUAAAUAUUUUUUAAAUAAAAUAUUAAUUUAAAUGUGAUAAGAAAUAAAAAUUAUUUGAAUAUCUUCCAUUUUUA